AUGUGCAUAUGGUUAACAGAUAAAUAUAAUUUUCUUGCACCGAGAAGUUACAGAAUGUCGUCUAAAAGUGCUGUUAAGUAUUGUAGAAAGUCUCGUAGUAGAUCCCUAGAAGGGAAACAGCGAGACAGCUCGCGUUCGAGAUCUCGAAAAUCCGAGUCUAGCUCCAGAAGUAGGCAGAAAAAAACGAGUCUUAAAAAGAAAAACAAGAAACGAGAAAGUGUUUCGUGUAGUUCGUCAUCGAGUGACAGUGAUAAUGAAGAGUUAAGGCUUUUGCAAAGGCUCCAAGCAGAGAGAGUAAGGCUAAAGGAAGAGAGACGUAAGCAAAAGGAGCAAAUGAAAGCAAAUGAGACUCCGGAAGAAAAAAGAGCCCGCAGAUUAAAGGAAAAGCAGGAAAAGGAAAGAAAAAGGAGAGAGAGAAUGGGCUGGGAUAAUGAAUAUCAAUGCUACACAAAUCAAGACAACCCAUUCGGAGAUUCUGCUCUAACUAACACCUUUGUUUGGUCCAAGAAAUUGGCAAAAGAGGGAGUAAAAACAGUAUCUCGUAAUGAGUUAGAGGCUUUGAAUAGGCAAAAGCAAUUGGAAAAUAAAAUUGAAUUAGAAAAGGUAAAACAACGUCGUUUAGAGCGGGAAGCCGAGCGAGCUGCGCGCGAAGCGGAAGCCGCAGCGGCGGCUCGCGCUCGCGAAGCAGCACAAUUUCACAGCUGGGCGCGACAGGAAGAUGCUUUUCAUUUGCAUCAGGCGAGACUGCGCUCACAAAUUCGCAUAAGAGAUGGACGAGCAAAACCAAUUGAUUUGUUGGCGUGGUAUGUAAGCUCCGAACAGUGUGUAGAUGCCCUAGAGAUGCAUGAACCUUACACAUAUCUUAAUGGGCUGCAAGUUGCUGACUUGGAAGAUCUGCUAGAAGACAUCAAGGUGUACAAAGAAUUAGAACGGGAGGAAAAAUUGUCGUACUGGGAGGAUGUGGAGACGAUAGUGAUGGCGGAGCUAGGACAGUUGCGUCGCCUGAGUGAGCCCCGGGCCGUAAGGGAUGGGGUACACGUCGCAGUCGCUUCAGACGUUCAGCAGAUUUUCAAAGGCAAAUCUGGAACUCAGUUGGAGGCACUGCAGAGGCAGAUAUCGGAAAAGAUCAGCGAGCAAAGGGCUGGCGUCGAUAUCGGCUACUGGGAGACUUUGCUAGCUCAACUAAAAGCUCACAUGGCUCGCGCGAGACUCCGUGACCGUCACCAGGAAAACUUGCGUCGCAAACUACAGCUGCUUAAGACGGAACAAGGAGUGCAACCGCCAGAUGGAGCCUUUGGAGGGGAUGACGAACGAAAUGAUAACGUACCGCAAAAGGCAGAAGAGGAAGCGGUGCGAGAGGAAGUACCGCAAUCAUCGACGAUCGAGGAGCCAGAGGAGGAAGUCGAGAACGAGGUAGAAAACCGCGACGAAGCGGAGGCCGAGGGCAGUGACGCGUGGGCCGUACGCGAGUAUUGCAGAGGACGCUAUUCGCCGCCGCCGCUAACUUCUGCCGCCCUCGAGCCCGCCACGAUCCUAACGGAGCCAGCGGACGAUGCUAACCGGCUGGCCUAUCUGCGCGCCGCACUCACCGCGCCUAAGAUUCGCGCCACUGAAGGUGGAAGCGGGGCGACAGGCACGAUAGCUUUGGAAGCGGCUGCGAGACGCGCCAUGGAUGCGGGAGACGGCGAGGGCACGACGGCAGCCGGGGCGGGCGCGCAGUUUAGCGUGGAGCACGUGUUGCCUGAGCAACCCUACCUUUGGGCGGACAAGUAUCGUCCUCGCAAGCCUAGAUACUUUAACAGAGUACAUACAGGUUUUGAGUGGAACAAAUACAAUCAAACUCACUAUGACAUGGACAACCCUCCACCCAAGAUUGUGCAGGGCUAUAAGUUCAAUAUCUUCUACCCUGACCUUAUAGACAAGAACUCUACUCCACAAUUCUCAUUGAAACCAUGUGCAGAUAACCUUGAGUUUGCAGUGCUCCGGUUCCAUGCUGGACCCCCUUAUGAAGAUAUUGCUUUUAAAAUUGUAAACCGAGAAUGGGAAUACUCAUACAAGCGAGGUUUUAGAUGUCAUUUCCACAACAAUAUAUUCCAGCUUUGGUUCCAUUUUAAGAGAUACAGAUACAGACGUUAG